GCUGGAGCCACACAGUGAGUUACCUGGCUGUGGGAGCAUGGCACUUCCUGGAAUGAACAAAAGGCGUGGCCAAGGGUGAAAGGGACUUUUAUGCUGAAGCCAACUGAGUGGAGCAAACCAUCGGCUCUGAUGUCACGGGGGGGUUUGGGCUUAGUUAGUAUUAUUUUGAAUUCAGUUUGAUUAAGCAUCCAUUUUGUUUACCCCUUGAGUUAAACUUGGUUUGGCUCAACCACUAUAUAAGUUCCUUGAUGUCUCAUUGUGUCAGGUCUGUUUGUUUAGCUCACACGUCACCUUUUGUUGUGUUAAAUUGAGUUAUGUUAAGUUGACCUCUUUUAUAGGCCUAGUUCUUAUAAGUUUGUUGGCCUAAUUUUGGGUAAAAUAAAAAACCCACUUCUCUUUGAAACUUACACCUGUGUCUUGUGCCUUACUGCUUGGUCCCUAACAAUUGGUGGCAGUGGUGGGAUCAUUCAGUGGAGGACACAGGUUUUUUUGGGGGGUUUUUUUUCUUUGGUUUUUUGUUUUUUGUUUUUUCGCGCCUCAUCUUCCCCCAUUGGAAACUAAAAAAAAAAAAAAAGGAAAAAUGCGUCCAGGAGGAAGAAGUGGAAGGAGUAGAGGAGGAUCUGCAACCCCACUGUUUGUUCAGGAGAAACAAGUCAGUGAUGAAGAGGAGAGUGGAGCUUGUGGAGUAGUGGAAAGCACUGAGGGUGAAGGUAAAGAACCAUCUCUGUCGGACCUGAUGUCAAUUCUACGAGCCAACAGGGGCCAGCAAGAGGCCCGGGAAGCCAGGCAGAAUGAGGUAACUGCAAAACAAGAUCAACAUCUUAAAGCACUUCAACACCAGUUUCAGCUUUUGCAGUUAGAGAUUCAGGCCAGGACAACUCCAACACCAGAGCCUCAGUUUUCAGACUUUGACCAACUAAAUGUGGAGGCCCCGACCCUAAAUGUACAAUAUCCUCAGUCCCAAACUGGGUCCAGUACCAUGACACUCCAUCCAACAGUCACUGCAGACAAAAGUUUCGCUCCCUUGAGGUGGACCUGGAGGAAAGCCCAAAGGAAUUGUAUGCAAGGCUCAAGGAGCUUUACGGCAAGUGGAUCCAGCCUAAAGGUCUGGAUCAGGGAGCAUAACCCUGUUUCGGCAUUGGAGGCUGCUAAGCUAGCUGAUGUCUUUGUGGCGGCCCGGAAAAAGGGGCAACCAUGGAGCUACAACACAUGGGAAACGAGGGACAACCGUAAACCAGUCCAACACAGCCAGCAGGAGGCAACCAGUUUGGGUAAGCCUCCCAUGGCAGAGAACCAGCCACCUGGCAGGUUGUCAAAGUACCCUAGUAAAAGACCAGUUUGUUAUCUCUGUGGGCUUGAGGGCCAUACCAAACCCAUGUGCCCUAAAAACUCAGUUAAAAUGACCCAGAUGUGCUUUGUACCACGGCCUCAUGCUGAACCUGAGUUUAAGCAUGACCAGUCUAUUAAAAUGACAAACAUUGAAGUUAAUGGAAUAACUUUAAGGGCCCUGCUUGACUCUGGGAGUGAUCAGACUCUAGUGCACAGGAAGUUUGUACCACCCAACAUUAUCAGCACCAUGGAAACCAUUCCUAUCUGUUGUGUUCAUGGAGAUGAGAAGAGUUAUGUAACAGCUGAUAUGUACAUAAAGGUAUCGGGACAAACUUACCUCCUGAAUAUUGGAGUUGCUGAUAACUUACCCUUUGAUGCUGUGCUAGGACGAGAUCUCCCAGUUCUUUUUGAUUUGUUGGAGCCGGAGCAGAGCCGGUGCUGUAGUGCUGCUGUCACUAGAUUGCAGGCAAAAAAAUGUGACGAAACCUCUGAGAGUCUCAGUGCCCUGCCCUUUUUCGGGGAAGAGUUGGAAGCCACACCUGGGAAGUCUCGCAAAACUAGAAGUCUGAGAAGGCAGGAGAAGUUCCAACAAACAGUGGUAACAUCCCCGGGUAAUACUGAGCUAGAAUUGCCUCUGGAGUUUCAAGUCCUGACCAAUAUCACUGAUAUGCAGAAAACUGAUCCAUCUCUAGUGUCUUUUUUCCAGAAAGCAAAAGAAAAGGAGCAAGGAGCUGAGAAGGACUCUGACAGAGAUGAAUAUAUCCUGCGGAAUGGCAUUCUCUACCGUCAGCAGGAGUCAUUGUUGCAGCUAGUGGUUCCCCAAGCAGCUAGAGACACCAUACUUGGCUUGGGGCACUCUGUUCCCUGGGCUGGCCACCUAGGUAAGCACAAAACUACAGCCCGAAUCAAACAUCAUUUCCACUGGCCUGGCCUUCGCAGGGAUGUUGCCCAAUUCUGUAAAAGUUGCCCUCAGUGCCAAAUAACAUCUGCUAAGAUACCUUCCAGAGCUCCCCUGCAGCCGCUACCCAUCAUUGGCACCCCGUUUGAACGCCUUGGAAUGGAUAUUGUUGGUCCUGUAGAAAGAAGCAAGGCUGGAAACCGUUACAUGCUGGUUAUAACGGACUAUGCUACCAAGUACCCAGAAGUUUUUCCACUAAAGUCUAUCAAAGCAAAAUCGGUUGCAUUCUGUCUGGUACAGUUUUUCUCCAGAGUAGGUUUCCCCUGUGAAAUACUAACUGAUCAGGGAACUAACUUCAUGUCAACUCUGCUGAAACAGGUGUACCAGUUACUUGGUAUCAGGAGCCUGAGGACUACACCAUAUCAUCCUCAAACUGAUGGAUUGACCGAACGCUUUAACCAGACAUUGAAACAAAUGCUCCGGAAGUUUGUGAACAACAGCGGAACAGACUGGGAUCAAUGGCUGCCGUACCUCCUUUUUGCAUACAGAGAAGUACCCCAGGCCUCAACAGGUUUCUCUCCUUUCGAACUGUUGUAUGGGCAUGAAGUCCGGGGGCCCCUAGCACUGCUGAGAGAGAUUUGGGAGGGAGACAAGGGGAGUGUUGGGUCUGUUAAUGUUGUUUCCUAUGUUGUCCAGAUGAGGGAGCGGCUGGAGAAAAUGGGUGAGCUUGCCCAGUCACACAUGGAAGAGGCCCAGCAUCAGCAGAAAACCUGGUAUGACAAGUCGGCUAGACAGAGAUCUUUCGACCCAGGUCAGAAAGUGCUCGUGCUACUCCCCAGCAAUGACAACAAGUUGCUGGCAAAGUGGCAGGGACCGGUUGAAGUUCUAAGAAAACUUGGGCCAACUACGUACCAGGUAUCAACCCCAAGGCAGCCACGCUCCAGCAAGGUUCUGCACAUAAAUCUUUUAAAGGAGUGGGUGCAGCGGCCUGAAAAGACAGCAGAAGUGAUGCUCAUAAGAAGUGUGCUGGAGGAGGAGGAAGUGAAUGAACAAUACUUGCCUCCUUCAAGUGACCCAGUUGACCACGACCUCAGCCACCUCUCAGAAGACGAACAGCUUCAGGUGAGAUCUAUCUGUAAAUCAGAAGUAUUUCAGGAGACUCCUGGAAGGACAAACCUUGUUGAACAUACUAUUGUUGUGAAGGAAGAUGCUUCUGUGAGAAGGUUGAGUUACAGGAUCCCUGAACGCCUGCUGGUCGCGCUAAAAAAGGAGGUGGACCUGAUGCUUUCCCUGGGGAUCAUCGAGGCUUCAAAGAGCGAAUGGUGCAACCCAGUAGUCCUUGUACCCAAGAAGGAUGGAAGUAUAAGGUUCUGUAUUGAUUUCAGGUACCUGAAUUCCAUUUCUCUGUUUGAUUCAUAUCCAACUCCAAGAAUUGACGAUCUGUUAGAAAGACUUGGGAAAGCCAAAUACUUGACCACAUUAGAUCUCUGCAAGGGUUAUUGGCAGGUUCCCCUCACUGAGCAGUCAAGGAAGCUGACAGCUUUCAGGACACCGUGGGGGCUCUUCCAAUUCACAGUACUGCCAUUUGGGUUGCACGGUGCCCCAGCAACUUUCCAGAGACUCAUGGACCAGGUACUCUCAGAUUUUUCUGGUUUUGCUGCAGCAUAUCUAGAUGACAUUGUCAUUUACAGUAACACCUGGGAGGAGCACCUGGAGCAUCUGCAGGCUGUCAUGGAUCGCAUUCAUUCUGCUGGGCUGACUGUGAACCCAUCAAAGUGUGUCUUUGCUGCUGCGGAGACAGAGUACCUGGGCCACAUCAUUGGGAAUGGAGUAAUCCGUCCUCAGGUCAGCAAGAUCCAGGCCAUGGAGUCAUGUCCAUUGCCACAAACAAGGAAGCAACUCAGAUCCUUUUUGGGCAUGGCAGGCUUCUACCAUCGCUUCAUUCCCCAAUUCUCCACCAGGGCAGCCCUACUAACUGAUCUGACUGGAUCCCGGAGUCCCAACCAGAUCCAGUGGACAGAGGAGGCUGUGGCAGCCUUCCAGGACCUCCAGAAGUCAUUAAGUAAGCAGCCUGUGUUAUACAGUCCAAAUUUUGAUGAACAUUUCAUUCUGCAAACCGAUGCUUCUGACAGGGGUCUGGGAGCUGUGCUAAUUCAGGGACCACCAAAUGAUCAGCAUCCAGUUGCCUACAUCAGCCGGAAGCUGUUUCCAAGGGAGGUUCGCUAUUCGACGGUGGAGAAGGAGGCGCUGGCUAUCAAGUGGGCACUGGAUUCCUUUCGAUAUUACCUCCUUGGCAGGGAAUUCACCCUGGAGACAGAUCACAGGGCACUUCAGUGGAUGCAAAGGAUGAGGGACACCAAUGGGAGAAUCACCCGAUGGUACCUGGCCCUGCAACCAUUCCGAUUCAGCAUCCAGCACAUCCCUGGGAGGGCAAACCUCACAGCAGACUAUCUCUCUCGCAGUUCCAGCGAGAGUCCUGAAGGGGGGGAGUGUGUGAUGGCUGGAGCCACACAGUGAGUUACCUGGCUGUGGGAGCAUGGCACUUCCUGGAAUGAACAAAAGGCGUGGCCAAGGGUGAAAGGGACUUUUAUGCUGAAGCCAACUGAGUGGAGCAAACCAUCGGCUCUGAUGUCACGGGGGGGUUUGGGCUUAGUUAGUAUUAUUUUGAAUUCAGUUUGAUUAAGCAUCCAUUUUGUUUACCCCUUGAGUUAAACUUGGUUUGGCUCAACCACUAUAUAAGUUCCUUGAUGUCUCAUUGUGUCAGGUCUGUUUGUUUAGCUCACACGUCACCUUUUGUUGUGUUAAAUUGAGUUAUGUUAAGUUGACCUCUUUUAUAGGCCUAGUUCUUAUAAGUUUGUUGGCCUAAUUUUGGGUAAAAUAAAAAACCCACUUCUCUUUGAAACUUA